AUGGCAUCUGUUCUAUGGAGAAGAAGAACUAUCGCCUCCGGCUCAACCAGGUUGCUUCAGAUCCGCCAUAGGUUGAGCCCCUACACCGUCCUGAAAAGCCACAUAUCCACGGCCAUUGCUACCGAGUCAAAGGACACGACGCCCUUUGCCAACGAGCCCUAUGUGGAUUCGCAGUUCUGGGAAAAUGCAGUGGGAACUGCACUGAAAACACUUAUGGGAGGAGCAGGAUAUAACGCUGCCUCGCUACAAGAACACCUCAAUUUCGUUUCUCAAAGUGUUGCGCCUGCCUUAGGGGCACGCCCUACCCAGGGCCAGGCGCCUCGGUGGAAGAGCUUUAUGACCGAUGAUUAUUCUCCACUGGAAUACAGCUGGAGCUGGGACGGAGAGCGACCAACCAUCCGAUACAGCUUUGAGCCAAUCGGCCCUCUAGCAGGGACGGAAUGGGAUCCAUACAACCGCCAAGCUCCGAUGGCAUAUGUCGAUCAACUCCAGCGCCAACUGCCCGCUGCGGAUUGGACGUGGUUCGCCCACUUCGCCCGUGCUUUUCAUCAAGAUACGUCCGCCAAAGUAGCCACCCAACGCGAUGGGUCCAGUCCCUCCUCGGUUUUCAUUGGUUUCGACCUCGGACGAGAUGGUCGUACGAUGUGCAAAAUGUACCUGGUCCCGGUAAAAGCGGAACAGACCGAUCGGUCGCGACUCGCCGUUCUCGACAACGCCGUUCGCACGCUCCCACAGUUCUCCGAUUUGUCUGCCUAUCCCCCGCUGCAGGGCUUCCUGCGACAUCAGGAAGAAAUGGGCACUCCCGCACAUAUUAUUGGUGUGGCUGUCGACUGCGUCGAUCCAUCCGCAGCGAAACUCAAAAUUUACUUUCGGAGUCCCUCGACCAGCUUUGCCAGUGUUAAAGAGACGCUAACUGCGGGUGGAACGGUGUCUUCGUGGGACGAGUGCGCGCUGGAGCAACUGCAGGAGUUGUGGUCUCUGGUUCUUGGUCUGCCCCCUGAUUUCUCACAUAAUCAGGAGCUCCCGUCGAAAUCACAUGAGACAUCAGGAGUACUGUAUAAUUUUGAUAUUAAACUCGGCAAUCAACAGCCCGAGACCAAGGUAUACAUUCCUGUACGCCAUUACGGACCAAAUGAUCAUGCAAUUGCCAUGGGUCUGGUGGAGUUUCUGCAACGUCGCGGUGGACACACCCCGUACCAGGAUCGCUUUCUCAAGGCAUUGGAGCAGUACGCCUCGUUUCGCUCGCUAGACCAGGGGUGUGGAGUCCAGACUUACAUUGCCUGUGCCUUUAAACGAGGUCAACUCAGCUUAACGUCUUAUCUGUCUGCAGAAAUCUAUCAUCCUGGUCGCUGGGAGGGGUUAAGGGGCGUAAAUAAUUUGGAAAUGCCGCGUUUCUAA